AUGGCGUCCCUUGUAGAACUUUUUGAGUCCUAUGAUUUUGCUUUCUUUUGGUUUAUUUCCCUGAUUUCUUGCUGUUUUACUCCUCUAACUCUGGUUGUUGGCGUGUUGCCGCUUUUCAGCUUCCUCUUUCUCUGCUAAAGACGGCACAAGGUCAUCCCAUGGUGAGGGAAUUUGCUAACGCAUUUUCCUCGAUCGUGUUUAGUGUUUGGUUUUGGCCUUAGUUUCAAUUUGAUGUAUAGAAAUUACGGGUUUCUUUUGUUCUAUUCUGGUAAUAGGGUGGACGUUCUUAACGAAAACGAAUCUGUUCUUGCUCCCAUUUUUUUGGAUUGAUGGUUUCUCUCCCGACAGCUGGUGGAGUUGAAGAAUGGAGAGACUUACAAUGGUCACUUGGUGAACUGCGACACCUGGAUGAACAUCCACCUCCGGGAAGUCAUCUGCACUUCGAAGGUCAGGACGGAGGCCUUCAACGUUUCUCGCGUCGUUCCUCAACCAUCUAUCCCAUUUUCUGAUUUUUCCAUCGCUUUGUAGGAUGGGGACCGGUUCUGGAGAAUGCCCGAAUGCUAUAUACGUGGUAAUACGAUCAAGUAUCUGCGUGUACCCGAUGAGGUUGGACACUUUUCAUCCAUGUCUUUGAUCAUUUUGUACUGUGAAAGCCUCCGUUACUAGGUAGUUUAGGUUGGCUUUUAUUUGUCGCUUGAUGCCGUAUUGAUCAAUAAAAUAAUAUUUCCGACUUUGCACAACUGUAUGAGGUGACGGCUGGUAUUUGGAUGUAAAUUAUUGUCGUCUUUCCCCACCUGAAUUGAUUAGCAUUAGAUUUGCUGGAAGGUUUCGCUCGUCCGUUAGCCAAUGAUAUUCUCAAGAAGCUAGUAAUAUUCCUGUCUGUUUCUAAUCCUAUACACUAAGACCUAAAAAAACUAUCUCCUUUCCUUGUCUAUGAUCUGUAUAGAAUUCAUUCGUUAUAUUGUCAUGCCUUUUGUUUGUGGAGUUGAUGUCGAAAUGUUAAUUCUGUUGUUUAUAAAUGAGCUCGAGUAAGUAGCGUGAUUUCCUCUACCUUUUAAACUUACUUUGAAAUUUUUAUGCGUUGAAUACGCGAAAACUAUAAUUUGUAGAAACAGUCUUUCUUGACUUUAUUUCUGGCCUCGUUUUGUUGACUCUUCAUCAAACUUAUCGGGAAAAUUUUGAGAAACCGGGAAGUGUAUCUUAUAAUCAGGGCAAAUGAUCCUAGUGGAUGAUUCUGGGAGGGACCGUAUUUGGAGUCCAAUCAUAGGAGGGACUAGUAUUUUUCUGGUCCAGGUGUAGUUCAAAUCCAGUAUUGAUUUGACGGUCAUAAAUUAUUGUGGCCAAUCGGCUGAACCCUAAUGGUAUGAUUUUUUGACGGGGCUGAGUCAACUUUAUCAUUCCGGCUGCAGCUCUGAGCAACUGAUUUCUGUUCGUGCUAUCUAGAGUUAUUGUAUGUUGUUACACAGAUACACUCUUUGUUAUUUCUUGUCCUGGAAAACGCUUUUGUUGAAAUAUGAACAUUUUUAGGAAAAGUUGUUGUCUAAACCUAAGUGUCAUUGACAAGGAAAGCAAGUGCAAGACUACCCUAAGCUUGAGGUAGAGAGUUCAAUUUCAUUUUCACUGCCAGUCUUGGAAUUAAUGUAUCAAUAAAUCGCAAGUUUUUGAACCAAAGUGUUAUAAUUUUUCUGAGGUGAAAUUGCUUUGUAUAUAAAAAAGGGAAUCCAUACAUUUUUUUGAACCGAUAAGGUUUUUGAGCUAUAUAUAGUUUAGAAAGAAAGAAUCAACGCCAUUUUUUGAUGUUUUUGUUUGCUGAUUAUUUGUGUUUGCUGCAAAGAUUAGGCAACAUGUUUGCCCACUGAAUGAUUCAUUAUUUUAGUUAUGUAUUUUCUGUGUUUCAAAAACUUGUAUCAAGUUAUUUAUUGUCUGGAAGUGGUCCCUCAGAAGGUUCCAGGUUGUAUCCAAAUGAGAUGAAUAGUGAAACAAGCAUUUACUUUCGAAUGGGAAGCUUAUGAAUUUUCUGGUAAUCGUAAUCAGCAAGAAGGGCCAUAGUUGAGGUUACCAUAAAGGUGUGGAAGAUUUGGAAUUAUAAUGAAUUGCGAAGCAAUCAGGAUGAUGGCAAUGAUGAUUGGGGACGUGAUUCAGUAAUUUGGUUUUAAAGUGUUUGGUCAGGAUGCCUAACUGUUAGGUGCUUUGGAGAGUUUCUGUCAUUGAUUUCGGGGAACUUCAUACUUCAUAGCAGAAACGGAGCCAUUUGGAUUUUUUUCGACCACUGACAGGAUAUCAUGGUAGUGUAAUUUUUAGACUGGUGUCCGGUAGGGUAUGCCUUAUUCUUUUCUCUACUUCCCUGAAGAAUACAUGAAUCCUCCAGAUGAGCUGAUAUAAUCCGAGUGAAGAAAUGGUUUUUCUUUGGAUCAAAACAUAUUUUUCCUUUAAUGCAGAGACUGUGGCAUACAAUUUUAGUUGGUGGAGAAAAAUGAAUGUUCUUCAGGAUUCCUAAAAUGAGAAUAAGUGUUCUUGGGGAAAUUCUAGUUACUUGAAUAACACUUCAAAAUGGUUGACUGUUAACGAAAGACUGGUCCUUGUGGAACCCUAGUGUAGAGGUGUUAUGGCUCCUUUCAUGCUGAAGUCCUAUUUCAUCGCAGCGAAAUCAAUAAUUUUGUAUUGUCUAUAGUGCUUGCAUGCUGGUUCAAGCAUCAUUCUCUUGUGGUAUGGUUAAUAUAUUGUAAUUUUGGACACAUUUCCCAUUCUUUGGGAUAAAAAAAAACUUUUGUCUGCUCAUAAAAUAAUGAAGAGGUUGGUAAUCACGUUGAAAACCGGUCGUGAGAUUGUUUUACUGAACAUGAUAAACACAGGAAUCGCAUCCAACUCAGCUUCAUUUAUUUCUUCUUAAGUUGCUCAGCUACCAUCUCCAAUUCAUGCAUGUGUGUGCUAUUAUAUUUUUGGUGAUCAUUGCCUUUCUUAGCCAGUUUUAGAUUAACCUAGUCAAGCUCUCAUAUAAUUACUCUCAUCCAUGACCUGGAUGAUCUUUUCAGGUGAUCGAUAAGGUUCAAGAAGAGACUAGCAAGAGCCGUUCUGGUAAAUAGCUCCGACUCGUUUCUUCUCUUCACCUCGGAAUUUUUUUGAAGAUCAUGGUUCUCUUAUCUGGUCCCUCACCACGGCAACCUGUAUAUUAGGCGAUUCUUUCGUUGAUCCAUAACUCUAAAAAACUUGGAACCCUAGAUCCUGAAGGGGAUACCAAGAACAGUUGCUUUACUCUAUUUUCUUCGUUUGCUUGUUCCAUCUUCCAGAUAGGAAGCCACCCGGCGUUGGCCGCGGGAGGGGAAGAGGCAGAGAAGAGGCGACCGGUGGCCGGCCCGCCAAAGGCGUGGGCCGCGGCCAGGAUGAUGGAAGCGGCAGAGGAAUGGGCGGUGGCCGCGGCAGGGGCGGCGCCGGCGGGAGAGGCAGAGGUUUAUCUUUCCCCCUUUUCCCCCAUAUCCAUUUCUCAUCCCCCAUUCUAAUUAACACUCGGGCUCCUGCUCUGCGGAAACAGGUGGUGCCAGAGGGCGUGGCUGA